UAUGCAUGCAUGCAUGGCAAUCACUAAGACACAACAUUUAAAGCGCUCGUUGACUAGCAAAAUUAGUUAAACAGAAAAGAGUGCAGCAUCAAUUACAACAAGAGAUGCUGUCUAGAGAUUUUCUCACCUGGUUAGUACUACUACUGACCCUAGCUACUGUUACCAGGAGUGAGCACUAUCACAUUGUGCCGGUGGAUUCAACCGACUUGUGUCAUGGAUAUCGAAAUGGAACUUGUUUCACUCUCGAGCAGCUUGUUCAAACAGACCUGUUAUCUGGUGGAGUCAAUCUCACCUUGAGCUUUCUACCUGGAGAUCAUGUGUUAACUGAGCAGUUAUUGAUUCGCAACUUUUCACACGUGCACUUUACCAGCCGGAACAAAAGUAUAACUGUAGUCAGAUUCGAUAGCAAUGCUACGUUACGUUUUGUUAGUAUUACCAAAUUGAGUAUUAAACACUUGGGUUUCAUUGGAGUGAAUGUUGGAACACGAAAAUCACAUCAAGGUUUGACCAUUGACAGUGCCCACGAUGUCUAUAUCAACGACUGCUACUUUACGAACUUUUUUGUCUUCCUCAAUCAAACUGUCUUGGGAAACCACAUAAAUACUCAAACUGUAACAAUUGAGAGCACUUUCUUUGUGAACAACACUGGUCGGGCACUGCACAUUGAGGCUGAUGAUGUGUACAUAACAAAUAGCAACUUCACUAGAAAUGAUGGAGGUGCAGUUUACAUUCAAUCAAAUAGCACACUGAUUAGCAACACAGAGUUCAACUACAACAGUGCUGUGACUGGAGGAGCAGUAGAAUUGGUAUCUGGUACUGUAGUGAUCACCUGGUGUAACUUCACAAAUAGUGAAGCUUUUCAGUAUGGUGGAGCGAUUUAUGUUGACUCAGGCAGUGUGUCUAUCUCCGACAGCACACUGACAAACAGCAGUGCUGACAGGAGUGGUGGAGCGAUUGGUGUCUACUCAGGCAAUGUGUCCAUCUCUGACAGCAUACUGACAAACAACAGAGCUGACUACGGUGGAGCGAUUGAUGUUACCUCAGGCAGUGUGUCCAUCUUCGACAGCACACUGACAAACAAUAGAGCGGACGGGAGUGGUGGAGCAAUUGGUGUUCACUCAAGCAGUGUGUCUCUCUCUAACAGCACACUGACAAACAACAGUGCUGAAGGGAAUGGUGGAGCGAUUCAUGGUAACCUAGGCAGUACUGUGUUCAUCUCCAACAGUACACUAAAAAACAACAUGGCUACCUACGGAGGAGGAAUAUUUUUGAGAGAGAGUACACUCUUUGUAAAGAAGCCAAUAAAAAUCUAUCACAACACAGCACUGAAUGGUGGAGGCAUUUAUGCUCAUUCAAGCAGAGUCGAGUUUCAAUCUGCGUUACCAAUUCGUUUAGGUACAAAUACACAAAGUGAAAUUGUCAAAAACAUUGCUGAGAAUGGUGGAGGUAUAUAUGCAGUAGCUACAACUAUAAAACUAACUCGUUCACACGUUAACAUCGACUCAAACAUCGCAAUUGCUAAAGGAGGUGGAGUGUUUCUACAGCAAAGUUCGAGCCUGUACAUAUAUAAGAAAGACAAUGAAUAUGAGGCUCAGAAUAUAUUUGUCACGUUAAUGUUUAACAACAACUUGGCUCAGUACGGAGGGGGAAUAUUUGUGGCGGAUGACACAGAGAGUGGUGCCUGCAGAGGAGGAGUUAUAGAAACUGGUGCUACUCAAACCAUUUUUGCUGAAUGCUUUUUUCAAACAAUUAAAUUGUAUAACUAUGGCUACGGAUUCGCAAACUAUUUCAACACGUUCAUGACUAACAACAAAGCUACUCAAUCAGGAGCAGACAUCUAUGGAGGUCUGUUGGACAGGUGUACAGCAAGUCAAAGUGCUGAAUACUACUUUUCUUCAAAUGGAUUAGACUACAUAAAUAACACUAUAAAAUUCUCCACCGAAUUAUCAAUCUCUUCUAGGCCUGUGCAAGUAAUUUUAUGUAACUAUUCACAAAGCGACAUUGUUUUUACAAGAAAAGGACACACAUUUAAAAUCAGUGUUAUGGCUAUUGACCAAGUUGGAAAUCCAGUGAAUGCUACAAUUCACAAUUCUGUUAUCACUAGUAGUGGUGUUGUUCGUCUCAAAGAAGGACAGGCUGAACAAGUAGUUGGCAAUCAGUGCACAGAAUUAAAGUACAAUGUAUUCUCACAAGACAGCUCUGCUCAAGUGGAACUCUAUGCUGAAGGUCCAUGCAUCAAUUUGGGAAUUUCAAGACAACUUAUUAGUAUUUCUUUUCUACCCUGCACAUGCCCUAUUGGGCUCAAACCAAUUCUGUCCGAUAUUGUGUGCAAGUGUGACUGUGAUCCAGUUUUGCAACAAGAUUAUCAGAUAACAAGCUGUUCUGAGGAAAUUGGGACCAUACAGCUAGAAAGUAAUAACAACAUAUGGAUAGAAGUCAUAAAUACCACCAACAAAACAGGGUAUGUUGUUAGUAACUGUGUAUUUGACUAUUGUGUAGAAAAACCAGUCAACAUCAAUCUAAGCAACCCUGACAAACAAUGUGCCUACAAUCGAAGUGGUGUCUUGUGUGGAGAAUGUGAACCAGGACUCAGUCUUGCUUUGGGUACGUCCAACUGUAAAGAAUGCUCUAAUCUUUAUCUUCUUCUACUAAUACCAAUAGCACUGGCAGGCAUAUUGCUAGUUACUUUAAUUCUCAUGCUCAACAUUACUAUAGCAACUGGAAAUAUUCAUGGCCUCAUACUUUACGCCAACAUAGUAGUUGCUAAUAGAGCAAUUUUCUUUCCUAGUUUUAACAACUUUUUAACAAUUUUUAUAUCAUGGGUGAAUCUUGACCUGGGAAUCGAGACUUGCUUUUACGAUGGAAUGAACUCUCAAGUAAACGUGCUCCUUCAACUUGUCUUUCCCGCUUACUUGCUUCUUCUAAUAUUCUUCAUAAUCGUUUUGAGCAAGUACUUUGACUCAUUUGCAAAGCUCCUCUCCAACAGGAACCCAGUUGCUGCCCUAGGCACACUCAUCCUGCUAUCUUAUUCCAAACUCUUACGGUUUGUCAUUGCUGCACUACAAAACAGAGUUUUGAAAUAUUCUGACGGAUCCACCGAGACUGUGUGGCUGUACGACGGCAAUGUGCAAUAUUUCACUCACGAUCACAUCCCUCAGUUUGUUGCUGCUAUCAUAAUCCUCAUUGCCGGUGUAUUGUUCACUGUACUGCUCUUCUUUGGACAAUGGUUUCCUCGCUGUUCCAAGGUUAUGAUAUGGACCAAGAACACAUACUACAAUGGUUUUAAGGAUGCAUACCAUGCUGCAUUCCCUCCCAAGCAUCGCUACUGGGUGGGACUGCUCCUCUUUGCUCUGAUUGCUCAUAAUCUAGUAGUUGCCAUGGCUCCAGACACAUCUCUCCCUCUGCUAUCAUCUGGCUGUAUUGCAUUCGGACUGAUAGCAUUGAACAACCGAGUGUAUAAAAAGCAACUUAAUGAAACAUUUUUUCUGCUUAAUCUCGGUAUUCUAUCUAUUGGCACUUUUUAUGUUGUUGAAACACACCGACAGCAAGAAACACUGACCAUUGUUUCAAUGUCUAUAGCUUUCCUCCUUUUUGUGACAAUAAUCAGCUACCAUUUCCACCACUACAUACUAAAGAAGACCAAAACAUGGCUCAAGAUAAAAGAAGUCGCAAAGAAAUUGAGAACUAGUACUGCAGACAAAAGGAACGAACAACCUAACAACGCCAUGGUAAUGCAUCAGCUUGCAGCCAAUGAAUUUGAAGACGAUGAUGAUAAGGAACAUAAAACUGAGCAAGUAGACAUUGUGGACCCACCACCUUACACUAAUGGAGUUGUAGAAGAAGCUGACUCUGAUCAUUACGUUACUCCUCCCAUUAUCAGAUCAGCUGCGAGGCCCGACCAGUUGAGACCAUUCUACGUGGAUGAACUAGCCCCCCUCAUCACAGAAGACAAUAAACCAGCCCCUCCCCAACAAGAGUCAAACAUUAUCUCGUUGUUACACACACAAUAGUCGGCCCUAUAAACAACAAUGAAGUAUGAACCGUGUUUUAUAUAAAUAGCAAUAAAGUAUGAACAGUGUUUUAUAAAUAGCAAUGAAGUAUGAACCGUGUUAUAAAUAGCUGAGGUACCUGUAGGCAAGGUAUUCUAUAGUUCUGUAACAGUCUUGAUAAGAGACACACUUUUAAAAUUAAAUGCAUAUGUAUGGUUGUGUUAUUAUUAUGUCCGUUGUACUUAAUAUUUGAUUCCAGAUACGACCUACAAUAAUU